UCCAGCCGCAACAGCGGGUUACUACAGGCUACAUCAAGGCAAUAGACAGAUAUCCAAACAACCCAUGACGGCACAGUCGUCAGAGAGCUUCACCCAACUUCUGUUCCAAAACGAGCGUAUUGAAGUCUACGACUUUCGAUUGCCCCCAGGCGAGAGCGUCACAGUGGUGCAUGAGCUACCGACCAUUCGAUGGCAGGUCGAUGAGGGGCAUCACGGUCUCGUCGUCACACAACCACCACAAGAGGGUGGUCACUCCUCCGACAAAAAGGAAGAAGAUGAGAUUGUGCCUGAUCGAAAAGUAUUUUUUGUUUCCCCAGGCACUCAGUGGACACUGAAAAACAUUGCUGCCUCUACAGCCAAGGAAGCAGGGACCUAUCGACAGAUUUUGUUUGUCCUUCAAAGUGAUGAGCCCAAGUAUUCCGAACAACAAGUGCAGGAUUUACUCAAGGAAGCCAUAUAUACAACAGCCGUUGGAACAGCACUUCUGUUGGAAAAUGAACUCUGCCGUGUAUGGGACUUCUAUCUGGAACCAGGAGAAGGCGGUGGAUCCGAUACUGUGCAUCAUCAUUGCCUUGACUAUGUGUUUAUAAAUGUGGCCCCCUCAAGGUUGUUGGGUUUGCACCCUGAAACUCUGGACCAGAACAAUCUGCUUUUUGAUAGCAUCUCAACAGACAACCAAGUUACAUGGAACUACAUACCGGCAUCAGCAGGCAAAGAUAAGGCAUUUGCUCAUGGUGGGAAGAAUGGCUAUGACGACCGGCCGAUGAGAGAAUAUCUGUUGGAACUCAAGUAGUAGGUCGAACGUAUAUGUAUGUAUUCUAAAACUUCUGAUAGCUAUGU